AUGGUCAACGCUCCUCAGGCCGUCACGACAGCUGUCUCCAAAGAUGAGUUGUUCAUUCCUCUAAUCGAUUUCUCCCUCUUUCUUAAUGGCACAGAUGAAGACAAAAAAGCUGCAGCCAACGGUAUGGUCGACGGCUUCAAAAAUGCCGGCUUUAUCUACAUCAAGAACCACGGAGUCCCGCAGCCCUCGAUCGACCGUGUCUUCGCCGAAUCAGCCCUUUUCUUCGCUCGCCCUAAAGACCAGAAAAACACACUCGCCUGGACCACACCCCAGUCAAACCGUGGGUACGUUUCUCACGGCCGUGAGAAAGUAACACAACUCGCCGACCCCAGUCUCAUCCAAGCGCUUCGCAAUACAAACCCCGAUCUCAAAGAAUCUUUUGAGAUUGGUCGUGACAAUGUACCCGGACUACCGAACCACUGGCCGGAACACCUUGACGAGGAAGGGAAGGUGUUUACGGAGACGAUGAAGGCCUUCUUUGAGACCUGCAAGGGGCUCCAUAUCGAGGUUAUGCGCGCCAUAGGCUUGGGCAUGGGUCUAGAGAUGGGCUUCUUUGAUAAGUUCACCUCUGGUGGUGAUAAUACGGCAGGCAAACAUACCGAUUAUGGCAGCAUUACACUGCUGUUUCAGGAUGAUAGAGGCGGCUUACAGGUCAGGAGCCCGCAGGGGACUUUUGUGAAUGCAACACCGAUUCCGGGAACUAUUGUGAUUAAUGCUGGUGAUUUGCUGGCGAGGUGGUCGAACUGUAGGAUCAAGUCUACCGAGCAUCAAGUCGUAGAGCCGCCCAUUGCGCCAGAUCAUGAUGAGUAUCCUGCCCGUUACUCUUGCGCAUAUUUCUGUAAUCCGAACUUCGAGCAGUAUAUUGAGGCACUUCCAGGGACAUACCAGAGUGAAGAGGACAAGAAGUUUCCGGGCAUCCUAAGCGGUGAUUACCUAGUGCAGAGGUUGCAGAGUACUUACACAGCUUGA